UUGCUAGUUCAGAGUGAAUUUUUCUUCGUACUCCAUCAACGUCGCAACGCAGCUGACUGGACUCUCCUCGGAAUUUUUUUUUGGAAAAAAAAAACAUUGAAAAAUUCUAAAAAAUUUUUCUAACUGGGCGAGUGUGUGAAGAAAAAAUUCCAAUAGGAAUCUAGAGGAAAACAAGUGAAAGCAAAUUUCAAAAAUAAAACCCAGCAAAAAUGGCCAUGUCCGCAGCUCAAGCUCAUAAGGAGCAUGUUCUGGCUGUCUCCAGAGAUUUUAUCUCACAGCCCCGUUUAACCUACAAAACUGUGUCCGGUGUAAAUGGUCCUUUGGUCAUUCUGGAUGAAGUAAAAUUCCCCAAAUUUGCUGAAAUUGUGCAAUUGCGCUUGGCUGAUGGCACUGUACGUUCCGGUCAGGUAUUGGAAGUCAGCGGUUCCAAGGCUGUCGUCCAAGUGUUCGAGGGCACCUCGGGCAUUGAUGCCAAGAACACUUUGUGUGAAUUUACUGGUGAUAUUUUGCGUACCCCCGUCUCAGAGGAUAUGUUGGGCCGUGUGUUCAACGGCUCCGGCAAACCCAUUGACAAGGGUCCCCCAAUUUUGGCUGAAGAUUUCUUGGAUAUCCAAGGUCAACCCAUUAACCCCUGGUCUCGUAUCUACCCCGAAGAAAUGAUUCAAACUGGUAUCUCUGCUAUUGAUGUGAUGAACUCCAUUGCUCGUGGUCAAAAGAUUCCUAUUUUCUCAGCUGCCGGUUUGCCUCACAAUGAAAUUGCCGCUCAAAUUUGUCGUCAAGCUGGUUUGGUUAAGGCCCCUGGCAAGUCGGUCUUGGAUGAUCAUGAGGAUAACUUUGCCAUUGUCUUCGCUGCUAUGGGUGUCAACAUGGAAACUGCUCGUUUCUUCAAGCAAGAUUUCGAAGAGAAUGGUUCUAUGGAAAAUGUGUGCUUGUUCUUGAAUUUGGCCAACGAUCCCACCAUUGAACGUAUCAUUACACCACGUUUGGCUUUGACCGCUGCCGAAUUCUUGGCCUACCAAUGCGAGAAACACGUGCUGGUCAUCUUAACCGAUAUGUCUUCUUAUGCUGAAGCUUUGCGUGAAGUAUCUGCUGCUCGUGAAGAAGUACCCGGUCGUCGUGGUUUCCCCGGUUAUAUGUACACCGAUUUGGCCACCAUCUAUGAACGUGCCGGUCGUGUUGAGGGCCGUAAUGGUUCAAUUACUCAAAUUCCCAUUCUUACUAUGCCUAACGAUGAUAUUACCCAUCCAAUUCCCGAUUUGACUGGCUAUAUUACUGAGGGCCAAAUCUACGUCGAUCGUCAGCUGCACAACAGACAAAUUUAUCCACCAGUCAAUGUGUUGCCCUCCUUGUCACGUUUGAUGAAAUCUGCCAUUGGUGAAGGUAUGACACGUAAGGAUCACUCUGAUGUCUCCAAUCAAUUGUAUGCCUGUUAUGCCAUCGGUAAGGAUGUGCAAGCCAUGAAGGCUGUCGUCGGUGAAGAAGCUUUGACACCCGAUGAUUUGUUGUAUUUGGAAUUCUUGACCAAAUUCGAAAAGAACUUCAUUUCACAGGGUAACUACGAAAAUCGUACCGUCUUCGAAUCAUUGGACAUUGGCUGGCAAUUGUUGCGUAUCUUCCCCAAGGAAAUGUUGAAACGUAUUCCAGCUUCCAUCUUGGCUGAAUUCUAUCCCAGAGAUUCGCGUCAUUAAAUUUAUUUUCAAACACACAAAAAACAUAUGUUUUCGUCGUUUACCUUGUUUAUUUUAUGUUGUUUAAUUAAAUUUUUAGCCUAAACAGAAAAGCAGAAAGAAGCUUUGAAAGCUUUACUUCAUUGUUGUUUAAAGAAGAAAAAAAUGCAAUAACUAUAAAUAGAGAAAGCACCAUCCUUGUAAUACCCCAUUUAAAGCAGCCACCCUAAUGCAACAACAAAAUUAUGUUAAAAAAAAGAAACGUAUUAUUAAAAUUAUUGAUAAAGAAAAAAAAUGGUGUCAACGAAAAAGUUAAAACAAAUAACUCCCUUAUAACAAGUAUAAAACAACAGCAGCAACAACAAUAAUACAUUAUUACUUAAUUGUAUAUAAGAGCGGAAAAUGUAAAAAACACACAUAAAAUUCUAUUUUAAAACAAUAAUAACAAUAACAACAACUACAAGUCGCCGCCCGCCAUACAUUGUUUUAAAAUAAGAAUCGUACUGUUUUUUUUUUUUUCAUUUUCAUUUUGAAGAAAAGUUCCCCCUCCAACAAGUACUUUUCUUUAGGGUUUAGUAGUCAAAACUUUAUUAUUGCAAUAGCAAAUUGUUUUUAAUUUAUGUAUACAACAAAAACAAAAACCAUUUGCGAUAACUUAAAUAAAUAAACUAUUUUAUUGUUUCUUUGUUAGUUUUAAGUUGAAAAACAAACAACUAAAAAAGAAGAGAAUGUAUUAAAUGUCUUAUCUUCUAGUUUCUUUUCAUUAUAUACCUAUAUAUAAUAUAGUGUAACCAUUGCCUAUUUCCCUACGGGGUCAGUAAACAAAUUUAAAAUUGCUGCAGGCCUCAUAUAUGGUUAUGCAGUUAACAGAAUGGCAAAAUUUGCAAAACACCUCUCUCUUGUUUUAGAAGAAAAAGUGAAUAAAUAUCCUUCGUACACAUACAUAUACUGCAUUCCAAAAUAAAACAUAAAAUUUUUAA